UUUAUGGCUUUUCAACCAAAUUCCUUGGGAUCGAUAACCUAAGUUGACUUUACUCUCUGAUGGAGCUGUGACUGUAGAUGGUAUAAGAAGACUUCAUCAAGCUAGACCCGGCUCUUAAGGAUGUUUCUGCAGCGUAUAGAAACCAAACUCGAUGGUCCUCUAUUGUUUGUUUGUACGAGGGAGAGUUUGUAGAAUAAGCGACUCCACGUGGUCAAAAAAGAUAAUUAUUACAUUGGAGUCUUUAUGAAAGAAGACAAGGAAAAGGAUGAACAUUUGGGAUCUACUGUAUUGGCAAAAUGCAGAGAAUGCACUUCAUGAGAACUUAUGAGGACUUCUCCCAUGAAGCGUUAUCAGUGGUGAGUGAAGAUCAGUCAUUGUUUGAGUGUGCCUACGGAACUCCGCACCUUGCUAAGUCGGAGAUGACCGCAUCUUCCUCGAGUGAAUAUGGGCAAACUUCGAAAAUGAGUCCGCGUGUCCCUCAACAAGACUGGUUGUCGCAGCCUCCCUCCAGAGUCACCAUCAAGAUGGAAUGCAACCCAAACCAAGUGAACGGAUCCAGGAGUUCCCCGGAUGACUGCAGCAUAGCGAAAGGAGGCAAGAUGGGCGGCGGGUCAGAUGUCGGAAUGAACUAUGGCAGCUAUUUAGAAGAGAAGCACGUUCCACCCCCCAACAUGACAACCAAUGAACGGAGAGUGAUCGUCCCUGCUGAUCCAACCUUGUGGAGCACAGACCAUGUACGCCAGUGGCUGGAAUGGGCCAUAAAAGAAUACGGACUUCCGGACGUGGACAUCCUACUGUUUCAAAAUAUCGACGGGAAAGAAUUAUGCAAAAUGACCAAAGAGGACUUCCAAAGACUUACUCCCAGUUAUAAUGCCGAUAUCCUGCUUUCACAUCUUCACUACCUCAGAGAAACUCCUCUUCCACAUUUGACUUCAGAUGAUGUUGAUAAAGCCUUACAAAACUCGCCACGAUUAAUGCAUGCUAGAAACUCAGGGGGUGCAAGUUUUAUUUUCCCGAACACAUCUGGUUACCCCGAAGCAACGCAAAGAAUUACAAACAGACCAGAUCUACCAUACGAGCCAUCGAGAAGGCCAGCCUGGCCAAACCAUCCCGCUCCACAAUCAAAAUCAUCUCAACCACCUACCACAGUACCAAAGACGGAGGAUCCACGGCCCCAACUGGAUCCUUAUCAAAUUCUUGGGCCAACGAGCAGCCGCCUUGCAAAUCCAGGCAGUGGCCAAAUCCAGCUCUGGCAAUUUCUCUUGGAGCUUCUAUCUGACAGCUCAAACUCUAACUGUAUCACCUGGGAGGGGACCAAUGGAGAAUUUAAGAUGACCGACCCAGAUGAGGUGGCAAGACGAUGGGGUGAAAGAAAAAGCAAACCCAACAUGAACUAUGACAAGCUGAGCCGUGCACUCCGCUACUACUACGACAAAAAUAUCAUGACUAAAGUCCACGGCAAGCGCUACGCUUACAAGUUUGAUUUUCAUGGGAUUGCUCAGGCUCUCCAGCCUCACCCUCCAGAAUCCACAAUGUACAAGUACCCAUCAGAACUUCCCUACAUGAGCUCCUACCAUGCACACCCUCAAAAGAUGAACUUUGUCACCCCUCAUGCCCCAGCUUUGCCCGUUACAUCGUCCAGUUUCUUUGCAGCUCCAAACCCAUACUGGAAUUCACCGACUGGAAGUAUUUACCCCAACACUCGACUACCAGCUAGUCAUAUGUCAUCUCACCUUGGAAGUUACUACUAAGUCCGUUCUAAGAGACUUUCGCUGUAGAACACAGUCCCCUCAUGACUCCAAGAAGAGAGCGUGAUGAUCUACAAGUGCCUUUUGUAACUGGUGCGCCAACCCAUGGGGAAUUAUGCCAAAUAGACUUAUCCUAGAGGAUAGGGAUUAAACGAAUUUGUUAUUAACGAAGUUCGGAUGCUGAAAAGGUGUAUUAGAAAAUGGCAUCAAAGCUUUGGACCAAUACUUAUAAGGCUUAGUAGAAGUCCUAUAUGAGUUUUAUCUGAGAAUUGUGUUUAUAUGACCCUAGGCUGUUGUACACUUUGUAAUGUUUUGACAACCCUAAAAAAAUUGAACUUUUACAUUUUUGAGAAGAGAAAAAAAACACAUCUGAAAACGGUUGAAAACAAACAAAACAAAAAAAACCCAAGUAUACAUUACCAAGGUUAAAUUCUGACUACAUAUCAUUCCGUGGGGGGCAAAAAAAAAGUAUUAGAUGUUUAACUGUGAAGACCUUGAUGUAACAGAACACAAAUAUGAGCCAUACAA